AUGAAUAAAGCUGGUAGUGCUCAAAAGUAAAUCAACAUGAAUACUCACUUUAGAUCUCAAUCAAAUCCUCGUUCGAAUUUAUAGCAACCAAAUGUCUAAAAUUUUUAAGUGAAAAGGCCAGGAGUACAGCAAAUGCUUGCAGCAGCUGGUCUUAAUAAUACAUUUUACCACAGAGCUUAAGAUUAAUUACUUAAGUAAAGAUCCAAAGUUUUGAAAGACACUAAUCUUUUAACUAACGCAUAGUAGCAAUACCAAAAAUUAAUGACUCAGAACAUUCAAAUUCCAAGAUAGAAAAUUAGAAAUGGUUCAAAAAUAGCUGAAUAAGAUUUUCAAGUUGCAUAAAACUGGUUGAAUCAGACCUUGCCUAUUCAUAAUUUUACAAUUAAUGGUAAUAUAGAAGGAGGCAGCGUUCCUUUCUUAGAUAGUAAUCCAAUAACUAUUAAAAAUGAGAACUAGGUCAACAACUUCAUAGUUCUAAAUGGUAACGGGGGAGUUACUUAUGAGAUUUAAUAGGCUAUGCCCCUAUCAAGCAAAAAGAAGUCUUCAAAAGCUUAAUAGUUGUAGUUAAAUUAAGUUGCAAGAGCAAAAUCCACUCUGACUAAAAAUGAAAACCAAAUUUUGCAUACUAAACUAAUGAUUACUCAGCAGCAAUAACCACCAUCCUAGUUGUCUUAAUAUUAGAACCAAUCAGUAAAAAAAUAAAAGAAACAAAAUAAUUCUAUUGGACUAAUUGAGAGAUCAGAUAUCGCAAACUAUUUAGCUCAGCAUGACUAAUAGCACUAAACUAUAGAGUUUAGAAAUCAAGGAUAGAGCCAGUUAACAAGACCUAAUAGAACUCUCGUUGGCAAAGACAUCAGAAUAAAUUAGACUAUCGAUACUUAUUCUUAAAACAAUGUUCAAAGUCUUAAUUAAAAUAACUUUCAUCGUCAUAAUUAAACUGUAUAUGUUGAACCUCAUCAAACGAAAACCAAAAAAAUCUUGAUAUCCACCACAAAUAAUAUGGGAAUGGGAAAUUUUUAGACUAGAACUAGAAGCUAACUCAGAUAGAUUGUUAUGAUGAAUAACAAUAAUAACGAUAUUGCAAAUGUCCAAAAUUAAAAUAGCAAAAAUGGCCCGGCAAAAAUGAAUAACUUCCUUAACGAUUAAUUGAACAAUCAGAGUAAUCCCUACUCAAGAUAAAUAAAUAACUACUCACCCUUAAACAAUAAUUAUCUUUUUCAUAAAAGAAGUGAAUCAGUUGUUACCUAGAUUCAAGAACAGUCCACUAAAAAUAUGAGAUCAAAUGCUGUUAUUAAAAAUAAGGAAGGAAAAGGAUCGACUAAUACAUUUAACAAUAAUAUCAAUUUUAAUAGUAACCACACUUAAUCAACCGGAAAAAGGAAACCAUAAAAUCCUAAUCCAAACCAGAUAAGAAUCAUUUCUAAAAAUAGACCACACAGUAAUUAAAGAAACAGGGAUGAAGAUAUUUCGUCAUAAAACUAUGUUUAGACUUAGUCUAAUAUGUCGGAUAAAUCCUCCAUAUUAGGAGAUUACGGUGGAACAAAACCUGUGCAAAUAACAUCAAAUAGCUAGACUAGAAAAGCUGCAAAUAUUGCUCAAGGAUCUAGAUUCUUCAAUCCAACGGUGCAGACAAUUUCAAAUGCAGGAAUAUCCAACUAAAAUUUUGAAAGCAAUAUAAGCUCAAAAGUAAGUUAGCAAUCACAGAUACUCAACUAAAACUCAUCUAUAAAAGUGGAUAGUGAUCACCAUUAGAAUCUCAAUCAAAAGUUUAGCAUUGAGAGUUCAAACCAAAUAUUGAGGGGAUAAAAUGUCUAUCAAAGUAGUGGUUCAGUAGUAGUGUAAUAGCAAAUUUAAACUCAUUCAGCUGAGUAUCAACAUAAGAGGGAAGUAUCUAGAUUUAAUGAGAAAAAUUCUAAAGUGACUAAUAGCAAGGCUAUGAACAUUAUAAAGGAGUUUGAUCUAAACAGUUUAAAUGAUGUACAGGAUGUACUAUCACAUUCUGAUUCUUAUGAUGAUGACAGACCUACUGAGGAUAUUAAUAUUCCCGACAUCAAACUCUCCAGUAACUCUCAAAGAUUGUCAGAUAGUGCAAAUGAAAAUAACAAUAAUCGUCCAUUGUUAUUCAAAUUAGGCAAAGAAGACUAAAGCCUUGAUCCAAUUUAUAUCAAAGAUGAGAAUGAUAAAGAAGGGAAAAAGUUUCUUGAAAAGUAGGAAAAUCCUUAAGUAGUACAAUUCGAGAUCUUCGAGUCUUCAUCAGAAGAGGAGCUGUCUUAAUGUGCAUACGAAUCAGCAGCAGAGUCUUUUUCUAAGAAAGAGAAAGGAGAAAAUAAUGGAAGUGCAGAUAAAGAUUAAAAACUUAAGGAUAAAUUACGCAGAGCUGAGAGGAAAAAAUUUGAAAAACUUAAGAAAAAGAAGGAUUAGGAACGUUAAUAAAAGAAAGAUCAAAGAUUGAUUGAUAAAAAAAUUAAGCAUAAAACUAUGAAACUUGAUUUUGUAGAAGAUGAAGUGUAUGAUGACUUGCUGAAUUUCAGAGACUCUGAGAGAGAAUCAGUGAUAUCUUAUUUAGCAAUAAGUAAAUCCAAACUAGUAGAUACUCCAACAAGGCUUAUAAAUGAAAGUAAUGAAUUUCUUCCAAAAAAAGAAUUUAAAAUUAAGAGAACAUUUAUUAAAACAAAAGAAAACGAAGAUGAAAGAAAUAAAAGCUAAUUAAGUUCAGAUAGACUAAGAGAGCAAAAGAAGAGAGAACAAUUAAUAAGUCUCCUGAAUUAAAAUUAAGAUGAGGUCUCACUUAAAAAUAUUCAAGAAAAUAUUCACCAUCACAUAAUUGAAAGUAAAACGAAGGUAUCUAAUCAUUUGUUGAGAAGAUGA